UACAGUACCAUUUAUUACCAGGACUCGGUGGCGUGCUCGGUUACAUGUCCGGAGCAGUCGACUGGAGGAAACUGGGGGUUCGGCCGGGAUCGGAGGACCUCGUCAGGUUCGGCAUCUGCUUCUCAAUCUUCGUUCUCUGCGCCGUUCUUAACCUCUUCAGUAUUCCCGAACAACCGCUGAGAAGGUCGAGUUCGUUCGAGAAUGAAGUUGAAGAUACGAACAAGGAUACAACAGUACGUGUGCUCGCCGUCAGCUAUGAAGAGCCGUUAGAUAGACCGUGUUCGUCCGGAAAUAAGGGUAAAUAUGGAUCAUUCGGGAAUGGAGUUGAGGAUACGAACAAGGAUACACUAGUACGCGUGCUGACCAUCAGCUAUGAACCGCCGUUAGAAAGACUGAGUGCGUCCGAAAAUAAGGUACUCACAGUCAGCACCAAGGACAGGCCCAGCGACCAGCAGAACGGUUUGGAACAAGGGUUUGGAAAUCGUACUAACCACUCCACUCAGGCGACACUCUGUCAGAGUGAAGACAAAGAUACUGCAGGGUACGUGCCUUCGGCCUUGGAGAAGAGCGUUAGCAUUUCUAUCCCGACAUUCUGUACUUCCAUCGUUAGAAUGCCUGGUAGUCUCGCAAGGCUCUGUCUCACGCAGCUUCUAGCCUGGCUGGGGUUCAUGGCUAUCAUGCUGUUCUUUACGGACUUCAUGGGGAGGCGGGUGUAUGGCGGCCACCCACAGGCGGCGGCCGGGUCCGAGGCUAGGCGGCGGUACGAGGAAGGGGUGGAGAUGGGGUGCUGGGGACUGACCAUUAAUGCUGCAGCGUGCACCGUCAUCUCAGGUGUGGCUGAUUUUUCCUUGCGCCGACUGGGCCUGAGAACUAUAUACAUGUGCGAAACGCUGCUGUUCGGAGUGAGCAUGGCGGGCAUGGUGGCUCUGGUCGAGCUGACGUCCGAGGGCUGGCCGUUCCUACUGCUGUGUCCCGCGAUGGGCCUCAUGUACAGCACACUGAGUAUCGUCCCGUACAGACUUCUCUCACAAUAUCACCGUAAUGAACAGUACAUAACUUCAGGUCCAGACAGUUCGGGCCGCCGGGGGAUGGGAGUGGACUGCGCCCUCCUCACGGCACAGAUCCAGCUCAGUCGGGUCAUCAUAGGCGCCGUCAUGGGGCCAGUCGUCAACGCCGCAGGCACCCUGACUGUAACUGUCAUCAUGGCGGCUGGUCUGGCGUUCUGUGCCUUCUUAGCUACCGCGUUUCUUGUACAGUACGAGACUUAAAGCUGUACAACGUAACUUGUGGAUCUUUUGGUGGUUAGCAGAAGAGAUUUCGCAAAAGAAAUUCGCACAAAUAUUCGUAGGAUAGAAAGGCCUACGACAACAAUGCAUGUUGCAAACAUCACCAAACACGAUAUAUAAAACCUAAAUAGAAUGUGUAUUUUCCUCUCAGUACGAGGACUUUGAUGCCCCCCCCGAGAUAGAAUGUUAACCCUUGACGGACAAGUGACUGCCCGAUAUACCUAAACCAGGGUACCAACUAAAGGCUCUGUGCUGCUAUAGUAUCGCCCUCUGCGUUGCAGACGAUGACAUACCCUCAUCGUUGUCGUUGUGGGCCUUCGUAGUACAAUGUAUGUUCUGUAUAUAUAGCAUUAUUGCCUGCGUUUACCGGAAGUAGACAUUUUGUAACAGGGCAACCUGCUUGACAUUUUAGUAUGGUAGGAGGAAAUAUUGCCAUAUUUAGGGAUUUCAGAACAAACACUGUGAUGUAGAACUUAAUGGAAAUUGUAACGUUACACCUAGGAGUGACUGAAAUAUAUGACUUCAUUCAUUGAUAAAG